AUGUCACUUUUCGGUGUGCUUUCAUCGACGCCAACGGGAACUGAAUUGACCUCAAGUACCUCACCUAAUCUUUCUGAACAAAUACUGUCAAGUAGCGUUGCUGUAUCAGUGCUCACAGAUAUAUUGCUAUAUAGUCUUUUAUAUCCGGAACCUGGUAAUCCGCCCAUUGGCCGUUUUGUAAUCAAACAUCGUGCUAUCCCCACCUCCUCCCAGCUCGAACGAUCCUUUCUAUCAAUCGAAAUACUAUGUAAGCUGAAAGCAAGAUUAACUGGUGAUCUUGAACCACCGCAGGCAUAUCGCAGAAAUAUCGAAAGGCUCAACGAUAAGGGUGAAAUGUACGGACUUGGACAGCUGUCCGCAUUGUCGCUCUGGACUUUGACAGGCGUUCUCAGUGAGGAAAAUCCACAGCAGCUUACGAAAGACUCGCGGAUGCGAGUUUCACUCUCUGAGUUCAUCCUGAAGACCACGUGUGAACUCGACACAGCUUCAUCAGUGCGUGCUCUGUUUGAGAAUUUCUCACACUGGUUCGCUCGUGGCAUUGAAUAUCUCCCUCUGCCACUUCUAUGUGCAACUGUCAAGUCGAUGGCAUUGUUGUCGGACUUGUUUGAUGAUUCCGCUUCUUACGAGUUUCUCUACUUGCAAAUGAGGAGCAUUUUCCGUGGAGGUCACCUUGAUCGGCAUCCGGACAUUUCCUAUGUCAUUUACAGCAUGCUGAAGGCUGUCACAGUAAUUGGACUCGAAACUGCGUCUCGUGGCAUGACUGAGGCUGACUUGGCAAAGCAAAUUCUUUCUUGGGUUGAAUAUGGGUUAACGUCGGAUUAUCCCUUUGUUCGUGAGGCGACGUUACAUGGUUUCAUUUACCUCAUGCAGUCCAUGACCCUAGAUCCCCUGAAGCCAGUAGUUCAAUACGUCACAUCUUUCUUAUUAGAGGAAACUGGUAAACAACUUGCAGUAACGGAUCCGAUCCAUGUCGUCGCGUGA